AUGUCUAAGCAAGCCACAAUAGAAACUUAUAUUUCUGAUAAUAGUGAAGAAGAAAGUGAGAUUGCCCAUGCUUCCAAUGACAAUAAUGAGGAAGAAGUUGAUCUUCUUGGAGAAUAUGAGGAAGAUACUGAGGAAAUUGAAUUAUUACAUUUGCGUUUAAAUAAUAUCCCAAGUCUAAGACUUGAAAGGUUUCCAAAACUACAGAGAUUAUGUCUUCGACAAAACCUUAUUAUUAAAAUUGAAGGACUUGAUAAUUUAACGAACAUUAAAGAACUUGAUUUUUAUGAUAAUCGAAUAUCAUAUAUAGAAAAUUUAGAUAAAUUGACUGAAUUAGAUUCAUUGGAUUUGUCUUUUAAUAAAAUUCGAGUUAUUGAAAAUGUUGGAAGUUUAAUUAAAUUAACGGAUCUUUAUUUCGUUCAAAAUAAAAUAUCUAAGAUUCAAAAUUUGGACACUUUGGUAAAUUUAACUAAUUUAGAAUUGGGUGCAAAUAGAAUUAGAGUUAUUGAAAAUUUGGAUAAACUUGUUAAAUUGGAACAAUUAUGGCUUGGUAAGAAUAAGAUUGCAGAAUUACAUAAUUUGAAUAGCUUAAGGAAUCUUAAGAUUCUUAGUAUACAAAGUAACCGUUUGACUCAAUUAAAGGGAUUAGAGGGUUUAGUUAACUUGGAGGAAAUUUAUUUGAGUCAUAAUGGUAUCCAAAAACUUGAAGGGUUUGAAAAGAAUUUGAAAUUGAGAGUCAUUGAUAUUAGCAACAAUCUUAUAAGAAAAAUUGAAGAUAUAUCUCAUUUGACGGAAUUAGAAGAAAUUUGGGCCAGUAAUAAUCAAUUGACAAAUUUCGAAGAAUUAUCAGUGCAAAUGGGCCAUCUUAAAAAGUUGACUACGGUUUAUCUGGAAGGAAAUCCAAUGCAAGCGGAUAAUCACGCGACAUAUAGACUAAAAAUCAAAACUCUUUUACCUCAAUUAACUCAAAUAGAUGCCACAUAUGUACAGUUGUAA